UGAGGUCUCCUCUCGCCUCGCGAAAUCUCGGCUGCACUCUUGUUUCUUUCCUCGCGGGCGACCAACGUUUAAUCAGGAAUCAAUCGAGAGUCUCUCGAUUUCCAGCGAUAACGAAGAGCGGCGGGGGAUAAUUUUUCUCGCGGAAAAUGAGCCGCCUACUGCUGCUCCUGCUGCUGCCGAUCGCAGCCACGAAGCUGUGCGAGCGGCAGUCCGAGUAUCGUCAGUACCAGCUGUGCCAGAACAACACUCUUUCCUGCCCGGACGACAGGAGAUGCGCGUUCGUCGAGCACUGCCCGGCGAUCGCGGCUCUGAUGGACCGGAACGAGCUUCCUGUUCACAGAUUGCGACAGGCCGUGUGCGGCUAUGACCGGACGCGCAUGAAAGUCUGCUGCGACGCGGACAACUACGCCGAGCAGCCGUCGCAGGCGAUUCCCGAUCUCUAUCCGACGCAACCCUACCCGGACUCGAAAUGCGGAAAGAGCCUUAUCCGGGACAACGUGGACAAUCUAGGGUCGUACCCCUUUGUCGCAAGGAUCGGAUUUAUAAAUGUGUUAACGGGUGAAAUGAGAUACUCGUGCAAUGGCGUGAUUGUUAGUGAGCGUACAGUAUUAACUACAGCUACAUGCGCACUCGCGAAGUCGGAGAGAUACAAAUUAUGCUCUGUGCUUAUUGGUGAAUAUAAUACAGAGUCUGAUCCGGAUUGCAACGAAUUGUUUUGCGGGCACAAAACCAGCAGCCGCGACAUAUCGUACGUGAUCAAACACCCAGGCUAUGACCCCGCGACUUACUCCAACAACGUAGCCUUGCUUCGCCUGAAGAAGACUAUCGACUUCACAGCCACAGCGCAGCCUAUAUGCUUCAUACCGGAGGACAGAUACGUUAGCUUGGGAAGCACAUGCACUGUCGUCGGAUGGGGAAGAUUGUCCGGUCAGAAGGCGCAGCCAACGACGCAACAGUCAUUACAGCUAAAACUCGUACCUAAGCAGCAGUGCUCGGACUACCUGAGCCAAGGUCUGUCCGUCGAAUUAUGCGCCACAGGAAGCUGCGAACCCUGCUCCGGGUACAGCGGCAGUCCUAUGUUGUACAAAUAUACGGACACAUAUUUCCUGGUCGGAGUCCUAUCAUAUGGGUCUAGCUGCGACUCAACCACCAUUUUCCCGUCUACAUUCGUGAACGUACAGAGGUACACGAGGUGGAUCUUAGAUAAUUAUUGAGGCGACUGUUCUUUAAAGUUUCAUCAAAG